UGACUCCCAAAUUAAACAAAAAUAUCACAAAGAAGAAAAGUUCAAGGAAGAUUAAAGAAAUAUGGUCACAAAAAUAUGGGUCGUCCUUGCGGUAUUGUCAUUGGCUCUUUCUGCUGCGAGUUCAUCAUCCUUAGCCGAAUUUCCAAUCGUCCAAUUCUUCAACAAUAUAAAAGAAGGAAAUGUUUCUCUCGACUGUAGAGAUGGUGGAUCUGCUAAACUAGAGCCACUCCAGAGAUUCUCAUUUGAAGCCAAAGAGAAAGACAAAGAUUAUGCUUACAUUUGUUAUUGUGAGUAUUAUGGGGAUAUCUUGGCUGAAAAGAGAUAUGAACUUGAAGUCAAGGGAUACUCUCCCGAAAGAGACACAGAUCAUGAAAACAUCUAUUGGAUGUUUACCUUAGAUGAAAUUCUUCUUAGUUAUGAUCAAGUUCACUACCAUAUAAAAGUGCUUUGGAGAGUAUCUGCAGAAUAAUUAUAUUGAUAUUGAUCAAUUGAUGUUAUCUUCAUUCUCAUUUUUAUUAGUUAUAUAUCUGUUGGCCUAUGUAAUCCUUAGCUUCUUCCAUGAAGAUUUUAAUAAUAACAAUCUCCGUUAAUUAAAAAAAUCCUUAGAUUUUAAUAAUCCUUAGCUUCUUCCAUGAAGGUUUUAACAAUUUCACAUUUCACUUGUUUGUUCACUCAACAUGUCAAACAGUUUUCUUUUCU